AAAAAAAAAAUCCUUUUAAAAACACUUACAAACCAAUAACAAUUUUUUUUCUCUUUUUCUUGAGCAAACAAUUUUUUUUUCUCAAAAAAAAAAUCCCCCACCUCUUAAACAACUAACCACUCCCUUUUAAAAUUAUUAUUCCUAAUUCCAUAAAAAGUAAACACACCCAACAACCAAGAAACAUCCCCAACAAAAGAAAAAAAAAAAGAAAAACACGAAUUAACAUACGUGUUCAUACGCUUGUCCCCACCCCAUCUGAAAACUACGCGCAAAAUUUCGAAUUCACCGACGAAUAUUCCUCUUCCUCCUUCUAUAGAUAAAUCUCUCCAACCCGUCUCUGGCUUCUAAAACCAUGUCAGAGAUCGAAGUCGUCGCCGAUGUCGGCGGCGGCAGCAACAGCAACGCCCUGUUCGGGAAAUACGAGCUCGGGAAGCUCCUCGGAAUCGGCGCAUUCGCUAAAGUCUACCACGCACGUGACCGCCGCACGGGCCAAAGCGUCGCCGUCAAGAUCCUCAACAAGAAGAAACUCCUCGCGAACCCAGCCCUCGUCAACAACAUCAAGCGCGAGAUCUCCAUCAUGAGGCGUUUGUCUCAUCCCCACAUCGUCAGGCUCCACGAGGUCAUGGCCACGAAGGGGAAAAUCUUCUUCACGAUGGAGUUCGUUAAAGGAGGAGAGCUCUUCAACAAAAUCUCAAAACACGGUCGUUUAAGCGAAGAUCUAGCCCGACGUUAUUUCCAGCAGUUAAUCUCAGCCGUCGGUUAUUGCCACGCGCACGGGGUUUACCAUCGCGAUCUUAAACCGGAGAAUCUAUUGAUUGAUGAGAACGGGAAUUUAAAGGUAACCGAUUUCGGUUUAAGCGCGGUGACGGAUCAGAUCCGACCCGACGGGUUGUUGCAUACCUUGUGCGGCACGCCUGCUUACGUGGCGCCAGAGAUUUUAUCAAAGAAGGGAUACGAAGGCGCGAAGGUUGACGUGUGGUCAUGUGGCAUCAUCUUAUUCGUUCUCGCUGCUGGUUUUUUACCGUUUAACGAUCCGAAUGUGAUGAAUAUGUAUAGGAAGAUUUAUAGAGGGGAGUAUCGUUGCCCUAAGUGGAUGUCUCCUGAUCUGAAACGGUUCGUUUCUCGUCUUCUUGAUAUCAAUCCGGGUACGAGGAUCACCGUUGAUGAGAUCUUGAGAGAUCCUUGGUUCGUUAAAGGAGGUGUUAAGCAGAUUAAGUUUCACGAUCAAGAUUCAGGUUUGGUCAAGGGGAAAGGUGAGGCGGCGGUGAAGAGUCUAAACGCGUUUGAUUUGAUCUCGUUCUCCUCGGGGUUGGAUCUCUCCGGUUUGUUCGCCGGUGGGGGUUGUUCGGUUGGGGAGGCGGAGAGGUUUGUUUCGGAGAAGUCGCCGGAGAGAUUGGCGGAGGAGGUGGAGGCGUUUGUGGAGGUGGAGAAGCUGAGGGUGAAGAAGAUGGAAGAGUAUGGGUUUGAGAUGGAGGGGCAAAAUGGGAAAUUUAUGAUUGGGGUAUUUAUUUCGCGGUUGAAUGAUUUGCUUGUGGUGGUGGAGGCGAGGCGGAGAGGUGGUGACGCUGAUUGUUAUAAGGAGAUGUGGAAUAAUAAACUCAGGGUUCAGCUUGAACGUGUUUGUGAUCAAACGCCAGUCGCAACUGUGGAGUUUUCUUGAUGUGCUUUCAAAUCAAACGCGCCCAAUAGCUGCGUUUGGAUUGGCUUGCGUUCUGCUACUAGAAUUAUUACCCAAAAAAACAAAAACAAAAGUUAAAAAAUUACUUAUCUAUUUAUAUACUGUAUUCAAGUAUAGGUAUCAAUGUUUGUGCUAUUUGGUAUAUGUAUUACUACUCACUAUGUAACAAGUCUAAAUUGCAUUUUGUAGAUACCUUACUUUUUAUUUAUAAUAUAUAAAACUAGAUCAUAACCCGCCCGACUGGGCGGGUCUUUGUUUUUAUGGUAUAGAUAACAUUUCAAAGUUACAAUUUAAUGGUUUCAAUUUUACUAAGUAAUAGUAUAUUGUUUAAACAUUGUAUUUCAUUAUUGUAUUGUGUAACAGGGGCGUCGUAAAAUGUUGUGACCCGUAAACAUUUUAGUAAUAGUUUAUAAAGUUUUUUGACUAAAU